CUCCGCGCCCCCCGCGGCGGGGCUCGCCCCCGCCAUUUUAGGUGCCGCCCCGCCGAGCCCCGAGGGGCGGUGCUGCCCUGCCCUGCCCUGCCGGUACCGCUCCGGCCGCGCCCUCCGCCCCCUCCUCGCUCAGGUAUCAGGCGAAACUGGUCGUGCGUGCGGGACGGGGCAGGACAGCGGCGGCCGGAGCGCGGCGGGAGGGACGAUGGCUGGGCGCCGCGGGCUGUGCCUGCUGCUGCUGCUGCUGCAGCUGCUGCUGCUCAGCGCCCUGCUGGAAGCCGUCACGCCCUCAGUGAAAAAUGUAACCGUCAAGCCAAAAGGAAGAAGUUUUGUGGGCCAGAAAGUUACAAGUGCAAAUAAUGCCUCUGGGGAGUCCUUCUGGGAAGUGGAUGACUUCGCAGCAAAAGUUCUUACAGGAAAGCUGACCACAGUUUUUCUUCCCAUUGUGUAUGUCAUUGUCUUUAUCAUUGGUUUGCCAAGCAAUGCCAUGGCCAUUUGGGUCUUUUUUUUCAGAACAAAGAAGAAACAUCCUGCUGUGAUUUAUAUGGUUAACUUGGCAUUUGCAGACCUUCUCUUUGUUGUAUGGUUCCCACUGAAGAUUGCAUACCAUGUAAAUGGCAAUAACUGGCUAUUCGGUGAAGGUCUCUGCAAAGUGCUUGUUGGAUUUUUCUAUGGAAAUAUGUACUGCUCCAUUCUUUUUAUGACAUGUCUCAGUGUGCAAAGGUAUUGGGUUGUAGUAAACCCCAUAGUGAACUCAAGAAAGAAGUCUGAAAUUGCUCUGGGCAUCUCCCUUGCUAUCUGGAUAGUGAUUUUGCUGGGCACCAUUCCAUUGUAUCUUGUUAAUCAGACAGUAUAUAUUUCAGAUCUUAACAUCACUACCUGCCAUGAUGUGUUGUCUGAAAACGUUUUGGCUAACUACAUGUUCAAUUACUUUCUCUCACUUGCGAUUGGACUCUUUCUAAUCCCAGCUCUCGUCACUGCUGUUGCUUACAUACUAAUGAUUAAGACUCUGAAUGCUUCCAUCUCAGAUAUAAGCAAUGGGAAGAAACGAAAAAGAGCAAUCAAACUCAUUAUUGUUGUCCUGUCAAUGUACCUCAUCUGUUUUACACCUAGCAAUGUGCUGCUUAUUGUGCACUAUUUACUCCUCAAAAAAAACAACAGCCAAAGCCAUCUGUAUGCAUCAUACAUAACUGCACUGUGUCUUUCUACUCUGAACAGUUGUAUCGAUCCAUUCGUCUAUUACUAUAUUUCAAAGGACUUCAGAGGUAAUCUUAGAUAUGCUCUUCUUUGCCGAAGCGUGCGAACUACGCGGAGGAUGCAAGUUUCUCUCUCAUCAAAUAGACACACCAAGAAAUCCAUUUCUUACUCUUCAAACUCAAAUGGUACCACUGAAUCAACCUACUGAGUUUAGUCCUAGAAGAAAAUGGAACUCUUACUACUGGUGUUGAAAGGAAGACAAGAAAUUUAUUUUGUAUUACAGUUUGAAGAACACCUUUGCUUUUUGACUCACGCUGAAGCCUAGAUUUCAGAACUGGGAGCUGCUUUUCCUUUAUAGAAAUGUCAAGCAGAUAAAUCUUCCAACCAUGCUGGGAAAACAAAUAAUGACAUUUCUGAUGCUUUGCAGAAGUGCUGCUCACCUUGAAGUGUGUUGUGGUUGAAGAAGUUUUUGUUCAAUAUUGAAGCUGCCAAAAAGGCAAAUGUCACUGGAAUGUUAUUUAGAGUUUCUAGUAUAUUUAAUUAACAGAGAAAUCUGUUUUGUUUGGCUUUAACUGUAAUAUAUUAAACAUAUUGUUUGUGUAGGACCUUGCACUGUGUACAUGCUUACACUGAAUGUUUUUUGAAACAGUAGCGAGAAAGAAAGGAGAAUCUGUUCCACCGUCUUGGUGGGGGUCCAGCAACAUGAGUGCUUAUUAUCUUAAGUAUAAUGUAAUCUUAUUGUAUUUUUAAAAUUUCCAUGUUGUAAAUACUAACUUGGUAGUAGCCUGGUCGGGUUAUCUUUUUGAGUUGACCAGCUGAACUUGUUAUCAGCUAGCACUGAACUAAAUUAAAUGUUAGUUGAGACGUUGAGAUUAUAUAUGGUUACUUAAUAAUCAUGAGAACCUGGUCUUAAAUCGGUCUGUUUAACAAAAUUUUGAUGAAUAGGUUUGAUUUUUAUAUAAUGUCUUGUAUUUUUUAAGAUAUCUAAUAUGAUUUUUUUAUAAUACA